GGGAUGGUGAUGGAGGUCUGAGGAGCGGCUCUUCUCUCUUGAUGUUAUCUCACCUUCCCCGUGUGAAGCUUUUGAUCCCGUGUCUUUAAACCUCCGCUGCUGCUGCUGCUUCCCUGUGUUGUUUUUUUCCCCUCUCUCUAUCUACAUUUAAAAUCCCUGAUUGGCGUCCGCCCUGUCUACUUGUGCAUCCAUCAACCAUCUGUGAGCCAUGUCGGACUCAGAGGACAUGACGGAGUUCGCCAGCAUCGUGGAGCGGAUCGAGCGGGGCGAGGUCCCGAUCAAGAACAUCGAGAGGGAGCUGAUCUGCCCCAUCUGUAAGGAGCUCUUCACCCAUCCGCUGAUCCUGCCCUGUCAACACAGCGUCUGCCAUAAGUGUGUCAGAGAGCUGCUCAUGCUGAACCAUGAGGACUCCUUUGAUGCUGGCUCAGAGUGCUCCAUGCCCGGCAGCCCCAGGUCCAGGGUGCCGUCCCCCUCUAUGGAGAGGCUGGACAGGCUUGUGAGAUCAGGUGGGUCUCGGGGCUCCAUCUCGUCUCCGGGAUGGCGCAGAGGGUCGGUGACUCCCCGGGUCACCACCAUCCCGUGCCCUGGCUGCCAGCAUGACAUCGACCUUGGAGAGCGCGGCAUCAGCAUGCUGUUUCGUAACUUCACCCUGGAGAGCAUCGUUGAGCGCUACCGCCAGGCUGCUCGUGCAGCCGUUGCAAUCAUGUGCAACAUCUGCAAACCUCCACAGCAGCAGGAGGCCACAAAGAGCUGCAUGGACUGCAAGGCGAGCUACUGUAACGAGUGCUUCAAGGUGCACCACCCCUGGGGCACACCCAAAGCUCAGCACGAGUAUGUUGGGCCCACUACGAAUUUCAGGCCCAAGGUGCUCAUGUGUCCGGAGCAUGAGAUGGAGAAGGUCAACAUGUACUGUGAGGUCUGCAGGCGACCCGUGUGCCACUUGUGCAAGCUGGGAGGAUCCCACGCCAACCACAAAGUCACCAGCAUGAGCAGUGCCUACAAGAUCCUCAAGGAGAAGCUGGCCAAGAGUAUCCAUUACCUCAUCAGCAAAGAAGACCAAGUCAGGACUCAGAUUACAGAGCUUGAACUGCUCAUCAAUCAGACUGAGGAAAAUGGCCAACUAGCAGAGCGUCAAGCCAAUGAGCACUUUGAGCGUCUCUUUGAGACUCUGCAGGAGAGGAAAUCAGAGAUGCUGAGGUCCAUCGAACAGUCUCGAAACCGACGCCUGGACCAACUCAAGGGCCAGGUGGAGGAGUACCAGGGCAUGCUGGAGAACAGUGGUCUAGUGGGCUACGCUCAGGAGGUGCUGAAAGAGACGGAUCAGUCCUGCUUCGUACAGACUGCAAAGCAGCUACACAUCAGGAUCCAGAAGGCCACAGAGUCUCUGAGGACCUUCCACCCUUCAGCUGACCCCUGCUUUGAUGAGUUUGUGCUGGACACAUCCAGAGAAGAAACUCUGCUCAAAGAGAUGUGCUUUGGUGGAGUUCCAGACCCUCCUAUAAUUGACUUGUCCACCAGCAAAGUCUAUAACGAGGCCUCAAUCUGCUGGAGGCUGUCCGAUGACCACCUACCUACUGAUCACCACGUGCUUGAAUACCGCAGACUUGGAGGACCGAGCCAGUCCCCGUCCCAGGAGGACGGUGAGGACAGUGGGGUCUGGAGGGCUACAGACAGGGUUUACGGUCCCAGCACUGUGGUGUGUGACCUGGAUCCUCACAGUCUGUACGCGUUCAGAGUCCGCAGCUGCAGGAACUCCAUGUUCAGCCCCUACAGCCACGAGGUCACCUUCCACACACCACCUGCACCUGUCUUUGGUUUCCUGUUCAGCGACAAGUGUGGCUUCAGUACGGAGCGACUCAUUCUAAACAAGCAACGUGACACAGUGGAGAACGUAGCAGGCAUGGCCUUCCUCCUUGCAGCAGAUCGUGUGCAGACGGGCAGCUACAUUGGACUAGACUACAUAAUUGGGGACACGGGCAUCACUCAGGGAAGACACUAUUGGGCCUUCAAGGUGGAGCCGUACUCCUACAUGGUUAAAGUUGGAGUAGCCUCCGACUCAAAGUUGCUCGAAUGGUUUCACAAUCCCAGAGAUACCAGCAGCCCAAGGUAUGACCAUGACAGUGGACAUGACAGUGGCAGUGAGGACACAUGCUACGAGCUCUCCCAGCCCUUCACCCUCCUCACCCUGGGCAUGGGCAAACUCUUCAUCCCCAAGGCUUCUUCAUCCUCCUCCGUUUCCACGGCAAACGCAUCCGCCUCUGGUGACCCUGGCAACCGUGUGCUUCCCAUGCCACAGCGGUUGGGCAUAUGUCUCGAUUAUGAUGCAUGCCGGGUGUAUUUUUACGACGCCGACACCAUGAGGUGCCUUUAUGAGAGGCAGGUUGAUUGCUCGGGAACCAUGUAUCCGGCUUUCGGCCUCAUGGGCAGCGGCAAGGUUCAACUGGAAGAGUUCAUCACCGCCAAGAGACUAACCUUUUGAUGGAGGGGGCUGGAGUGUGUCGAUUCAUGAGGACCUGCACUAGUCAAGCAUGUUCUGGGAAGAGCAGAUUUUAUUGACAGGGUGAUGCAGUACAAUCCAGACUGUAUUUCAGUAUCAGAUGAGGCAGGAUUCUUUUGGUCCUAAAUGUGAAAAUGGAUCUCUGCCACAGAAAGGCCUGUUUAGGUUUGGCAUGUAUAAUGUAUGAUGCACACACAAGAGCAUGACACUGAGCACUAGUGUCUUCAGAGGCUAGUGUAUGGUAUGUGAAAGGUCUUCUCUACAUACCAAAGUCUCAGUAUCUGUUAAUUGUAUUUGACCUGGUUUUAAUUGCCAGAUGUGAUCAGCUGUCAGUGUAGUGGAACUGGCUGCAAAGUUAGCCUGCAGCUACUUUAAAUCUUUGUGUUAAGUUGAAACGCCUUUGAGCUUACACUUUCACUUCCUCUUUUGGCGGGUUAAUGUUUAUAGAUUAUUUUCUGUGUACUAACUAUUGGGUGAUCUUUGUUUCUUCGGCUCUUUUUCUGUAACUGUUUGUCUAAAUGUAGCAGUAGGUUAAGCUGUAAUCUUGGUGGACCUGAGAGAGCCUUGUAGCUACUUAAAAGCUAGCGACUUUGUGCCUUUUUUUUAGGGAAUGGCUAAGUUAGUUUUCUCUAGCAAGCAGAUGUCGAUGUGUUUGCACAAGUAUUAUGGACAUACUUAUCAGCAUAAAUACUGUAUGUGAAUUUUACUGUAGGUAGAGUUCGUGUGGUGUCACAGACACCAGUGUCCAAGUUCUAACAGUCAGUAGUAUUCAUUCAGACUCGUCACUCACCUAUUUAAUCUUGACUUUAUCACAAAAAACACUACUUUUCUUCCUUGUUGCAGUUUUUAUUCAGCUGUCUUUGCACAAUAUGAUUAAAGAAGCCUCGCACAUGAUAAACUUUACAAUCAUCACGUCUUGAUCACUAUCUAGUCAGCUUUUUCACUUUCAAUGUUGGAGACGUAUUCACGUUCACAAAAAUGUUUACUGACACACUCGAAUCCUGGAGGUAGUUACUUGGAUCUAAAAGCCUCUCACUGUUUUCACUGCACUGAAUGUGACUUUCAACAUCUUGAAACCAGCUAGGUACCACAACACCGUGUAGUUGUAGUUGACAUCAGUUUGACAGCCGCAAAGUCACUGUUAGCCAAAGCAUGUUGGUUCUGGUGCUGACGUAUGUGCAGCAGCUCUGUGUCUCCAGCAGCCUUUAAACACAGUUCAAAAACAAACAACAAAAAAAAAUCCCACAGUUAUUCAGGUUCACACAAAAAGUGCUAUCACAAAACACGCUGUUCAGUACUUUUGCUAUCAAAACCACCGUUUACUUGCAGUGCAGACACAUGGAGUGUAGCAUAUUACUACGUCACUGGUGAGUUUGGCUGUCGGAUGCCUCAGUGGUUGAUUGGCUUUGAUGAAAUCAGCCCAGAUAUUCGUGUUUAAGAGAGCACACUUCACAGACUGUUUUCUUGGGUUUUGUGUAGAUGUAUAUUGUAAAUGUGCCUGCACAUGGGUUUCCUUGUACUUUCAUGUAUAUUUUGAUUUCUGGAGGGUUAGGGUAAAUCGGUGUAUGCGCGUUUUCUCAGGUUUCUGGCCCUGACUGGGGCCCGAUGCUACCUACCUCUAUCUGUCAGGCCUGGAAAACCUUAUCUACUGUACCUUUCCUCACAGAAACGAGUUUGUUUUGAUUUGCAGCUUUGUGCGUAACAGUCAGUUUAAUAUCUCCGCCUUCUCUUUAAUGUCAAAUGAUAAGCUGAUCUUUCAAAACGCUCAAUUUUAACUUCCAUGUACAUAUUAAUCCAGAGUAUAUUAUUUUCAGUAAAACAGACGGCAUCUUAAAUGUUGUCAGUUGGUGUUUGCUUGUAGAAAGAGAUGUGUAUCACUGUUGGUGGAAAUCGUUCAGCUGCCUUUGUCAAGGGAGUGUUUUUCAAAUGGUACUAACAACCUUUUCUUCCUCCUUUUUGUGGUGUUGGUUUGGUUAGUCAGUUUAAAAUGUUUUUGCUCAUAGGGUGUGGAACACUUUUUUGUUUUGGGUUUAAAAAAAGAAAACCUUUAAUAAAAAUCAUCCGCUUGCAUUCAGCUGGACAGAAACAUUCUCCAGUCUGGAAAACUGAAUAUUGGAUUUCUGUGACUGUGUAUUUCGUCUCACAGGGGUUUGUUAAAUAUUGUGGUCACAGACCUGAACCCUGAUUCCUAUAUUUUAAAAAUGACUGUUUAAACAAACAUGUCUAUGCAUAUAAGAAAUGACAGGGCAGGUUCAUGGUUUUCUUUCCAUCACAGAAUGUAUUCCUGUUAUUUACAGAACAAACGGCUGAAUGUUCUUCCCUUUUUCGUUUUUGAGAUGGUUUUCUACUACUGGCUUGUUCCGCUCUCCAUCACAGCACAUUCAUGUAUUUACAUAGAAAUCUGGUAAAAUGCUUGUCAUCUCAAUGUGCACAGCUGAUUUUUUGAAUUAAAAUGCGUCCUGCAAUAGCCUGCAUUUCAGUGAUGAAUUUAGAACCAAAUACUUUGCAGGCUGGCUCACAAUCUAAUUCCAAGCUAGCACUUUAAAAAUCUGUAGCAUGUCGGCGACAGUUUGGCUCUGCAGGUGUGUGAAAUAAAUGUGUGUGCAAUAUUAUCAAACAGGCUGUAGGAUAGACGGACAUAAGCCUAUCAAGACAAUUUGCACUGUUAAGUUUAUUUUGUGGUUUUAAAUCGGCUUUUCCUUGAUACAAAGUGAAUUUUAAACACUACUUAUUUUUUUUUUUCUCACUCAGAUUUACUCUGAACUCUUAAAUUAGUGACAGUGCAUUUGUUCCUGUGUGUCUUCUCCAGAGGAUUUGGAUGUGGUGUGUAGGUGAUGGGUUUCUGUAUGUGUUGUAUGUAAAGAUGUGGAAAUAUUGUUCUUUGCUCUGAUUCCUGGAAACACUACACUUUUUAAUUUGCUGUGUGGGGAUUUCAUCAAAUAAAACUAGUGUGUUUUUAAAACAAA